GAAAAUAAAAAUUUGUAUUUCUCAUAAAAAAGUACACAACUGAGCUCUGGUGGCUCAUACUUGUAACCCUAGCUGCUUGAGAGUCUGAGCACAGUGCUAUGUCCCUGACACUGAGACUACAAAACAGACUGAAACUGGCUCAUUUAAUCUAAUGAUUUAUACAAAGAUUUGAUUGGACCUGAAAAAUGGGACCUCAGUUCAUUGCCAGUUCUGAAGAUAUCCAUCUUCCUUUCUUUACUACCACAAUCCCCAAAGUAAACAACUUGGUGACCAACAAAGUCCUGUCAAUGACUAAAGGAUGAAAAACCCAUGUCUUCCAUGGCCACCUAUCAAAACCUGCUCAUCCAUGGCCCUGUGGAACUAGGAAAUGGCUGGCAUAGGAAGAAGAGGCAUCUGUUCCUAUUCAGAGAUUAUUUACUUAUAUCGAACACCAGGUGUAAGAAUAUCUUGAAGAUCAAAUGUGUAAUCCCACUGCACAUCGUAUGGAUGGACAAAGUGGAGGAAGGCGAUUCUGAAGCCAAGAAGUCCUUUCUCUUGGGGUGGCCGAUGGAGAACUUCAGGGCCACCUUCCCAUCUUUGGAGCAAAAAGAAAAGUGGUGUUCAUUCCUUGAAAGAAACAUCAAUCUAACAAAAGAGAAGGACAAUCAGAAGACCCUUGAGCUCCCGAUCUUCAUCAAAGACAUACAGCAUUCUCCUGUUGCUGUCACUGCAACAAGUUUUGAUACAGUAAAUGAUAUUAUUAAGAAGACACUGUCGAUUAUAGGAAUAACUGAAUGUGAAAAUGAAUACCUGCUAUCUUUCAACUCUGGGAAGGAAGAAGCCCCAUUCACACUCUUGGGUAAAUGUCAGGGACAAUCUAAAAUGUGAUUGAUUGGGC